AUGAAUAAAAACGCAAUGCAGUCGACGUCUAUAGAAAACGACUGUGGUGUGGUAUCGCAGUCAGCUGCUCCGUUUGUAACAUUGGCUAGAUGUUGGCAAUGUUUACCAGCUCGGAUCACUAAGGAUCAAGCUUUCGUCACGCUAGUUACCAGCGCUUUUCCAACUGUAAAGGUGGGCAGUAGGCAGCCCAUUCUCCUUAAAAAGUCCUGCAAACCUAUCGCAUUUCAGGAACAAGACAAGCUCUACAAAGAGCUGGAAGAGGCAUCAUUCUUUGACUGUUUUUCCUUAGAUGGCCCAUCCAAUCGUUGGAGUUGUUUCAGCUGCUCACACCCUGACCGAGUCAAGUCGUUUGUCGAAGACGGUUCACAACGAGUUCUUGAAGGCCAACUCAAAGAGAAAAAAGGACGAUGGCGAUUCUUACGACGUUGGCAUACCAAGUAUUUCACGUUGUCUAGUGCUGCUCUAACGUGCAGUUCGGAACAGGCGCAAGGAACCCAACCAAUCACUUGUCUUUUAUUGCUUUUCUCUUUUAUGCUACCAUUGAAAGAAAAGGCUUCGCUCCAUUCCGCAUCUCAAAUUUGCGGAUUUCUUAAAGGUGGAAUUUUAUGA